UUUUGUCCGCUGGCGCCCUUCAACUCGUUAAUCUGAACGUUAGUUACUGUGACCAACUAUGUCGAUUUACCAGAAUUUUCACCUCGAUUCGAUUCGCCUCUGUGACAACACUACCAGUGCCUGAGCCGGUUCUACUUGACCACUAUGGUAUCCGCUGACGGCACAGAGGCGCUCUGGACUUUUUCUCAAACAUUCACGUCCUCUUUCCAAGCAUCUUGUUCUGAACUUGCCACCCGUCUCGAAGUUGCAGAUGCUGUUUUUGUGCACUCCAUCGCCGGAGAAGUACAGGCUCAACAAGCGUUUGACUGAAGCUACCGGGAGGCUUCCGAGCUAUGAUCAAAGACAAAAUGAACUGUAUUAGAGAAGUCGCUCGAGGACUUGCGCUCAUCGACCACAGGGAAUUGAAAUUCGCUUUUAAACGGAAGGUCAAGAUACCAGCGUCAGCAUCAACAGAGACCGCAACGCUACCUGAUCGGGCGAAUGCACCAGCGAUACCUACUUCAACAAUAUCUAGUGCUUCCAGAACAAUAUCCAACCACUCCAAUCGCUACCUCUCUAGAUCGUGCCUUUCUGAUCCCAGCUCAUCCACAGAUCAUGUAGAGGUGUCUAUAAUAAGAAUAUCAAGCAGUGUCUUAAAUCUUGUUACGACCACGAAUGAGUUAACCUUGUCUGCUAAUGCUAUCUCCCUUCCGGCGCUGAACAUCCGCGACAUACAUAAUUCAAUUCUCAUCCUAGGGACCGUCGAUGGUAGCAUCAUGUUGCACGACUUAACAAAUUGCGUGGUUGUUGCUAGAUGUCACCAGUUCAGGAUGCACAAUUCCACUGCCAUUGAUGCCUAUCUUGACAUUACAUCGAAUCCCAUCAUCGAAAGCUGUGAUCAAGUGAGGUUUGGCGUGUAUCCGAGCGAGUUGAAGACAACCACUGAUCAGCCACCUCCGGUCACCGAAAACCAUACCGAUUUCCCUUUCUUGCCCCAGGACUUCUCGCACAUUCGCGCCACACCAUCACCCAAUUGGAGAGCGCUAGAGGAAGACGAGUUAGUUCAUGAUUGGCCCCUUUUGGGGACUAAUUACGCCGUCCAACUCGAAAGGGCAUUGCCACGUCCCAAAAUCUGAUGCUUAUUGCCGGCGGCAUUUAUGUCCCUGGGCACGCACGUGGAUACUAGUAGUCAGAUGUACUAAAUGGAGUCGGUUCCCGCAUGUAUUUUCUACAAGCGCUCCGUUCACCUUCGGACAUUUUCUACCAUGAAUUUCAAUAAGAGAUGUCUGUACGCUCCGUUUGCUAUUGUCUUUGCCUCUUUCAAAUAGCAUUCGGAUGUCCUGCUGACAUCGCACUC